AAUUUGGGUUGCCGGUCAGCGGUAUGGGUUUUUCUCCCGUUUGGCUCCAAAAUUUGCAAUCGUUUUGGUGCUAGCGGGUAAUUUCCUCUUCUUUGCGCGGGCGCUACUACCGUUUUAGUCGGUCUUCUUAUCAAAGCCAACUGCAAAAAUCGCUUGAGGACGGAAUAUGGCAUUAUAAAAGAUUCAUCCCAUGUUCUUUAACAAGGGUCUGUCUUGAAUUAUCUUCUUCAACAAUGCAAGAACUAACUAAACAACUCGGUCUAAUAGCCUUGAUUGGCUUGGGGAUCUUUAUUGGAUUGAAAAUCAUUGAGUCAAAACUUAAAAAUAGUAAGAUUCCUUUCGAAAACAAGGGUGGAAAGACUCUAGUUACUCCAGUUCCAGCAGAAUUUAAUUGGAAGGAAGCAACUCCAAUUGCGUAUCGACCUUAUGUUGGUAAGAAAAACUUUAAGGUUCAAAUGGGAAUUCAGAACAUAGCUGACCAGUUCCAGAAUUGGUUAUUAAUUGAAGACACUUAUCUUGACAGAGUAGUUGAGCGUAAAGAGAUAAUCAAAAACCAUGGUGAUAAAACCCUCUAUUGCGAAGAUGACAAUCCCCGUGUUGCCCUUGCUGUUAGAGAGGGUUAUAAUACAAUCAUGGACUUUAUGUGUUCACGUUAUCCGCAGAUUUUCACUAUCAGCCCUUUAGAUGAUUCCAAAAUAUAUAACACUAUCAAUGGCGAAACCUUCCCAAGAUACGCUUCUGACAUUGCCCCAAGAACGUUGUUGAAACACAUUACUGAAAACCUCGAAGAAGAUUUCUUAUUUCUCUUGAAAAAUAACCCUGAUGAUCACGAUGAAGAGUAUAUUGAAAAAGCGGGCAUUUUUGCUCACCCUCUGGGAUUUGACCCUUCGAAAGGGUUCAAUAAACCAAUUUCAUCUAUCCAUGGACCGGUUCCCGAUUAUCAAAGCAGAUUGAAAUUGGGAAUGCAUCGAUUCUUCAAUAGAUUAGAACCAAAAGACUUAUGGAUGAGAGUUAACUGGUCAAUUCAAAUGCAUCCGAACCUCUUUUCUUUGAAAGAAAAUCACGGUAGACCAGAAGAAGUUAAGCCUCCUUUGUCAAUGGAGGAAGUUGAUUGGGAUCACUCCUCUUUCACUAGGUCUGAAAGACAAAUUUUCUCCAGAUUGCCAAACUCAAGAGCAAUCAUUUUCCUGGUUAGAACAUAUUUGACUCCUAUGUAUCAAAUAAAAAGUGAAGGUUUGGGUAAAGAUUUGGCCUUUGCCAUAGAUAAUCUACCUGAAAAUUUGGCCUUCUAUAAAAAUAGACACUACUGGGGUACGGCUGUUAAAGAUUACCUCCAGUCUUAGUGAGUUUAUCUUUUCGCUUACUUCUCUAUCUUAUAAAAUCUAU